AUGAAGUUCAUCGCUCCUACAAUGACCUACCCUUGGCAUCAUUCUUCAAAUAUCACCAACACAUGCCGUGCGUACUGUGCGUCCGUCCUGUGGCCUACUCUUAGCCCUGCAGCCAGUAUAUCGGAAGUCUCAGGCAUGACUUGGGCCCACCUGGUGAUGCAUGAGCCGAUUUUGAUGAGAGCCAUCACAUUCAGUUCACUCUCGCACCAGCGCCUGCAGUGGCUAAACCGAUUUGUCCCAGAUUGCAUGUUUGGGGAGCGAGAGCAGCACUAUCUCAGAGUCUGCGAAAUGGAGACCAUCGCGCUGCUAAAUCAGGAAUUGAAAAAAUCUGACCGGGCAGCCAGCAACCCGGUUAUUUUGAGCGUGAUGUGCAUGGCACAUAAUGCUAUAGGUAUCAGCGAAGAGCAACAGUUUCGGCACGUUCCAUUCACAGCACCCAUGCGGCGGUUGCAGCGGAUCGAUGUCCAUGGAGGUCUGCGCCCAAAUCUAAUGCAUUUCCAAGGCUUAAUCUCAUUGAUUAAGCUACGAGGUGGCCUUGAAGCGAUUGAUCUUCCCGGACUGGCACCUGUAGUGUCCCUGUCGGAUAUCGUGACUUCGACCGCGUAUCAUACACCUCCAUCUUUUCCAUUUCUUCCGCUUCAAGUGGAACGGAAAAACUACUCGUUGCAAGAAAUGCUUGGGUAUACGAUGGCUGAUGUGGACCGCCAUUACGGCCGACUCCGACGGGUCGGUUUGACUACAGAAGUGAUGGAAGUGUUCUACGCUAUGGAUGUAUACAUGAGUAUAGUAGAUGUAUACCUUAAGGGGAACCAUAUCCGAACGAAUUAUUCUCUGAUGGCCGACCAACGCAAUAUGGUCCAAUACACGUUAUUGACUCUCCCUCCUAUCAGCCAACUGGCUAGGCUCAGCAGUUAUUAUCAACACCAUGAGGUUCUUUAUGAGGCCUGCCGUCUCGCGGGCUGUAUCUAUGGCUCUGGUGUAAUCUUCCCUCUACCACCGCAAAGCACCCCUCUAGCUGAGCUUUCUGGUCUGCUCAAGGGCACCCUCAAGGCUUCUGACUCCUUGACCGGCUGGAAGCAACCGCAUGCUCGCAUUGCCCUUUUCUGGGUUGUGACCCUGGGCGGCAUCGCGGCCGAAGGCACCAUGUAUCGAGAGUGGUAUGUAUCCACGCUUCUGGAAAUGACACGAUAUAGCCAGAUUACCUGCUGGGCCGACCUCCGCGCAAUCGUCGUAAUGCUUCCAUGGUACGAUGACGCUUGUAACGACGCGGGUGAGUCCCUCUGGCUAGAAAUCAGUCAGCAAAAAGACGUGGCGGGAGAUGACUUGUGA